AAAAUGUAGAUUUUGACCAGUCAGCCAAAUCAAGCUACGUCAUCACGAGAUAAACAAAUAAACACACAAAAUUUACGCUGAAUUUAUUCAUUUCGUCUAUAAAUUAAUUAGGCUUGCUAAUAUGAAAUCUUUGUUUUGCAGAUCACGAAUUUUGAGAUGUUGUUCUGUUGUUGAGCGGUUUUGAAAUUUCUCGGAUAAGUGAAUUUUCUGUGUAUAAGCUAGAGUUGUCUUUUAGGAUUUGAAGACAGAAGGUGAUCUGCUGGCCAGUUAGCUGGCUUCAUCUAUUCAAACACGGCUCUAACAAGAGAGACUCGUAUUAAGAUUAAAGGGGGCAAAGAAUGUGUGCAAGCUUUUCCUAAGUUCUUGAUUGCGUCCCCUUCAUUUCACGGUGGUCGUGGUGCCUUACCUUCAGCCGGUGGGCAUCCCGCAGAUCUUACUUACCUUGCUGGUGGUGGGUGCUAAUAUGGGCAUCCAGUAGAUCUAACCUCAAAACAUUGUACUGGCAUUCUAUUCGAAUUUUUUCAGUUUGCUAUCAGUAUACUGAUAUUUUUUAUUUGAGCAUGAUUACCAUCAAGCAAUUUCAACAUAACAGAAUUCUGCCAAAGUCUGCAGCAGCAGAAGACUUAAAAUCUUUUCAAGGUGUCAAAACCCCUACUUACAACUUAGGUACCCAAUCUCUUGUUGAGAAGGCUUCCUCUGGAGGACUUUUAAGCAAUCCUGAAGAAGAACAUAGUAUAUUGGAUACUCUUUUGCUUGCUCAGUGGGAAGAGCGGAUGUGGAAAGGUUAUUUCAGAUAUGAUGUGACGACGUCUGAAAUUAAGGUCAUCAGUGGUAGAGAAAAUUUUUUUGCUCAAUUGAAUGAGGAGAGGAGCAUGAAUAUUCUAUCAAAAACUGAGGACAGUAAAGUCUGUCAUCAAAGAGAUUCAUUUUUGUCUCACAGAAUCAACCACCCUGAAGAAUUACUCUUUUGUGUUGCAAGCAGUGACAAUAUGAACUCCCAGUUCAUUCCUUUAGCUGCUGUGCCUAAUGGUGCCAUCUUGAUUCUUGCAAAUGCAACCCCACUGGAAUAUGGCCAUGUCUUCCUGGUACCUUAUGGUCCUAGCAGACUUUAUUUGGAUUCAACAUACUUGGAAAUGAUGUUGAGGUUUACUGCUGAAAUAAAUAACCAUUCUUUCCGCUUGUUCUAUGAUUGCUCUAGUGCUGGUGCUUCUCAUAUGUAUUUUCAGGGCUGCUACUUUCCAAAUCAUUUGCCUGUGGAGCACAUGCCUGUUGAUACUUUCUUUAGUGAUGAGCAGGGAGGAAUUUGUAUUGGUACUGUGACAGACUACCCUAUUAAGACUCUCCUCUUUCAGCACGACUGCAAUGUUAAGAUUAUGGUGGAGGCUAUUUCUGAUAUAUGCUCUUAUUUAUGGGAAAAGAAUAUUCCUCAUAAUCUUCUAAUAUCUGAUCUUGGCAAAAAGAUUUUCUUGUUUUUUCAGAAACCAACAGCCUCAGUCAACCUUUCAGCUUGGGAAUGUGGUGGGUAUUUCUUGUUCAGGUCAAAGUAUGAAUUCAAUCAAGUUACUGAGGAGGCCUUACUUAAAUAUCUGAGUGCUGUGUCACUCAACAAUGAAAGCUUCGAGGCAGUGAAGCAGCUCUGUGGCAGCAGCAUUGCAGGUAAGCUUGCCAUUUGAUCUCGAGACCUUCUCGACAAGUGUAUGGCACAGCAAAGGUGAUUCAAGUCUUUGCAAUCUGUGUGAACAGCAAAUAAAUCUUUGUGAACUGUUUCAGAUUUUUAUCGUGUUUGGGUAAUAACUGAUAUGUUGUUGCAUUAAGAUAUCUUAUGUUCGGUGGCAAUGUUUUCCUGUAACAUAUUGCAUUUGUGUUUAAGUUUGGUAUAAGUCCUUAAAAAUCCAGUUUGGAUUAUUUA